AUGGAAAAUUUAAGAAAUGAAAUAGACGCGAGAUCCGUUAUUUUAUUAAUAAAAAAUUCGCUCUAUUACACCACAGUUGACCAUCAUAAAUGGAUAUUAAAACAUUUAUUUCAACCACUCAGUCUUAAGGAAGACGAGCAUCUUCAAGUAUUACACUGUUCAAAUGCUCGUCUAUCUUCUUUGAUACAAGCUCAGACUCAACGAAAAGCUCGUAAUUUAUACACAUCUGAGAAUUUGCCGCAUGAUCACAAUACUCGAGAAAAACAUUACAGACUUAUGCCUCAUACUCGAAUUAUUUCGCUGAGCAAAAAAUAUAGAAUGGUUUUUCUUGUGGAUGUAACGUCAUCUCUAGCAACAAUUGAUUAUGCAACAGAAAAUAUUAUUAUGUCAGAAGUCUUUGAAACUUUACGAAAAUGCCUAGAAGGACUUGCCCAGUCAUUUGUUUUACAAGAUCUGGAAAAAGACCAGGCCCUUUUGGUUGAGCCCGAAAUAUCAAUAAUAGUUAUAGCUGAAUGCUCGCAAUUUGCCUCGAAUGCAAAUUUAAUACCGCUAUUAGCAGAAUUUCCUACAAUGCGGGUUCUUCUUCAAGGAAUUGUAAUAACACAGAAAUUAUUACCGCAAAUAAUUGCAAAGUUACAAAUAGAACUCGCAAAAUUCCAAGACAGUUUGGCUUUAUUUCGUCAAAGGUUAAGACGAAAAGAUUUUGCUGUCGCAUAUGUUAUGGAUGUUGCAGGACCCAAAACUGAGGAAUUGGCUGACGUGGCAGGCUCAGGAAAACCACUUUUCGAUAAAAAAGAUAAUAUUUGGAAAUUAGGAUCAAGUGGCGGCAAUCUGUCUUAUAGCUUAAAUGCGGGCUUAUUUGCAAUGGAUUUACUUCCCAAUGAAGGACUACCUUCCUUGGUUAUCAUUACAGAUGGUGUGGUUAAAUCUAAUCUCGCAAAUAUGUCAAUUGAUGAUGAUGUUCUUCAACGCCUCUCCAAUAAAGGCAUUAAUUGUAAUAUAAUUCAAGUUGGAUCCAGUCAAGGAUUCAAUCCUGGAUGCAAUUUUGGUCUAGUCCCUGAUAAUGAAAUCUUGCGAUUUGUGGCAGCUGCGACUUCCGGUCUUUUUCUUUACUCAUCCGAUUGUCCAAAGAUCGCUAUUAGCAGUGAUAAUUCAAAAAUAAAUAAUUCUCUUUCGCCAAAUUUUUAUCACAAAUGCUUUCUAAUGAAAGAAUUCAGUUUUAACAAGAAAAAAGGUGUAUCGAGAUAUCCGAGUAUUCCAGGUGUAGAAGAACGUGCUAUUGAUGUUCCCCGUGAAAGAUAUGUCAACGGGGAGGAUCAUAUGCUUGAAUUUAAUUCUUACAAAUUUUUUCCUUGGGAUCCAAAAAGUGAACCUCCGGCAGUUGAAACGAUACUGACAAGGUUUCAAGAAUACUCUUUGCCUAUUGAUGUUCAACUAUUAAUAGCAGCUCGCAUACGACAAGGAUUUACCAUUGAUCAUGUAGUGCUUAAAGCUGAGAAGCUUCAUAUUACCAUGUCACGUCUUUGGCUUCCAAAUGUUACAAUCCAGUACAAAAUUAAGGCAUUAUGGGCAGGUGAAGCAAAAGGAAUGACUCGAUUAAAAUCACCAAGAAUUGAGAUUAAUGUUUUAGCCUACACAUUAUUUGCUUUAUAUUUUGUGAAUUUUCAGACAGCGCAACAAAAUAACGAUCCGAGUCAUCCAUUAUUCUCGAAAGUUAUAAGAAUGCUAAAGUUUUUGACCACAAUUUAUGAAACGGAUGAUUUAUUCAAGAAGCAUCUUUAUUUCAAAAAUUCAAAGGACAAUAAUAAAAGUUAUAUUCAUCGCACUACUGAGAACAUUAAUCCACAAUCUAACCGUCUCGAAAAUUUUAAACAGUUUCGUGAUUCUCUCGAACAGAAUCAUUUUCAUUGGGCCUAUGAAGAAAUUAAAUUCGAUUAUCUUUUUGCGCCGACGGCAGCUUAUCAUAUGAAAGUAUCCAUGCCACAAUCUCUUGCAACAGAACGUCUAUGUAGAAAAGCAUUAUCGAAGAUUCGUGAAAAUUUAAUAACUUCAUGGGAAAGUUUUUCCCCCUCAAACAAUGUAUACGUGAAAUUCAUUGAUAGGGGUGAAAAAAGUUUAUCAACAACAAGCUUUUGUGAACUUCGUCUUGAUCAUCAAAUCGGCUGUUUAUGGAAUGUGAAGCUGGCAUUUUUUAAUAUGGAUGUAUCCCAUCGUCAACAUGCACGCCAAGAUAUUAUCAAUAUCUUGACCAAAGUACAAUCAAAUGAAGACAAUGACUAUACAAUACAUAUAUGUAAAAGACCUUUAUCAGGAUUAUUAAUGAAAGCUCUGAAUAUUUCCUCGGAGGGAGACUUUUCUGUGGGUAUCGGACUAGAAACUAGUUGUCAUCCUAUUGCGCAAUCAUAUUUAAGACAUUACAGAAGGGCUUGGCUGACAGAUCUUGAUGAAGAGGUGUUCUUUAAAGAUUUUCGGAUAACGCCUAUUCAAGAUUUGGCUUUUCAAUAUCUAUGUCGAACGAGAAUAGAUGAAGGUUAUAUUUUGGUGUAUGAGAAAACUGAUAAGCAAAUAUUUUAUCGUGAAUUACAAUAUAAUGAGAAUAAUCCGAAUAUAAAAUUCGGAGGUAAUCAAAGUAAGGUUUGUGGGAUUCUAUAUCAAGUUUUCAAAGACCCGUACAAUGGCGAAAUAAUUACAGAAUUAUGGAUGGAGCCAACUCAAGAUAUAGAUUUGAAGGAUAUUUAUAAUUCUAUAUCAAAGCAAAUCCAAGAAAUUGAUCGGCUAAAAAUUUCUCAUUUAGUGACUUUUGAUCAAAUUUAUUAUAUUGCAAUCGCUAAUUCAAAACAGGCGCAGCAACAAAUUCUAAAUCCUAAUUCAGGAAAUAUCCACGAGAAAAAUGCACAAUUAGAUAAACUCCCUCUUCCUGAACUCUUUGAUCUAACAGCCCUGCUUCAUACUAGCAAGCUCCUGACCGCAAAUUAUAUUAUUCCCCUGUUUAAAGCAUCGCCAGUUUAUAAUCUAUCGUAUCACCAUCAAAUUGCUGGUAAUGUAAAUUCUGGAAAGGCAUCACCGGCUAAUAGCGAUAUCACCAUCAGAUCAAGUUUUUUCGAUCCAAAAUCACCAAAAAUUCAUCAAAAUUCUUUGUCAACAAGUAAUCAUGGUUCACCUUUGGAUCCAAAUAAAAAUCUAUCCUCUCAAUUAGAUCAACAAUUGCAUCUUGACGUGUAUAGCUCUUAUCGCAAUUCGAUAGCAAAACUUAAUUGGGGUGCUGAUCGAGAUUUUGCAUUAUUUCACCUAUUUCUCGAAAAGGCAUUUUCAAAAUACGCCGAUGGUGAAAUAAAUACAGAACAUGAAAGCUGCAAAAAAGAUCAAUUGUUAAACCGAAUCUAUACAGCGUUGUCAGAAUAUAUUGAUGUCAACAAAAUAACAUUGCAGUGGACUCGAAAUCUACAAGAAACUAGAUGUUUCGUCAAAAUGAUCAAAAUGAGUGAUCCUGGCUCGUUCAUCCUUAUCAGUAUUCCUUCUUUGAAAAUUAUCUUAGAUAGAUUACAUGGAUUUUUCGAAAAUAACCAGAACCCAUUUUAUUUAAAUAUCCUCUUGUUUUUGUGUAAAAGGCCCCGUCCUCUACGUGGAGAUGAUAAUCUCGUUAAUUAUCUGCAUCACAAUUUUGAAAAUAUAAAGAUUAUCAAACCAAUAUCGAUAGGAACUUCAUUCAGAAAUUUUACUUCCAAUAUUGAAAAUUAUUCCUUUGAUCCACAUCUUUUUGUCGGAAGUUUUGAAGACGACCAUAAAAAUUCACUUUCAUUCGAUGAGGCGACUAAAAUAACUCGCGGAAUAACAAACCUUUUUGCAUAUAGUUUCACUCAAUCCAUAUAUGCGAGCAUUAUUCAAAAACGAUGCGUUGAUCCUAGUGAUCUAAGAAAAGCGAUUGACACUUGCGUAGAAGUACAUACUGUUGACAUAGAUAUAACUGGAUAUGUAAAUGUUCAUCUUCAAGCUGCUCGCAAAAGCCUUGAUGGGGACGAGGAAAUAGAAGUUAAUCAAAAAUUCAUUACCGUACUCGGUCGAUAUUUUGAACCUGCUACCUUCAUUGAUCCAGAAUUACAAAACAUAUAUUUUUAUCGAGCACCGAUCAAAAGAGCAAAUGUACAAAUUUCACAGAGCCCAGAAAAGGACAUGGCUCCAGAUCUCUUGGGAAAUUUCGAGGAAAUUUUUACCUGCGCAGAAAAGCCGCUCUUUAUCAGAUUAGAAUGUACAUUCAAGAAAGCGGCAGCGCCUGUUCUUGAUACAGAAUUUCAGUUAAACAAAGAUUUUCUAUUGGAAGACGCACAUGUUCUUGAUACUGACUUUCAGUUACAUAAAGGAUAUCAAUUGGAAGAUGCAAACUUCGUAAAAUUUACAGUAUCAACUUUACCUACCAGUUACUCAUGUACAGUAGAUGGGAAAUUUUAUGACUUUUCACCUAAGAAUGUUGGUACUGAAGAGUCACCUGUGGCUUCUACUGAUGGGACUACUGCAACUUUACACAUUAUUUGUUUGACUUUACCACCUUUCAAUGAGGAAACUGUUGAUUUAUCAUCAGGGUUUAAAGAUAUUCAAAUAGACCGUUAUUCUAGUCAAUUUGAACAAGAUAAAACAAGUUCAAAUUUUAAAUUUGUGCUCAGCCAAGAUAAAAUAGAAGCUUUAGAGGAAACCCAAUCGCGUAUCGAAUGGCUGUUAAACGAAGAAAUAUUGCAUGGACUCUUAAAAUCUCAUCCAUUCGACAGAACUUUAUUGAAAUAUGUGCAAAUGCAGUUGGAGAGUAAUAAUCAAUUUCUAGAUUAUCCAACCGCCAUCAAUAUGCCUUUAUCUUUUGUCCGUCGAAAGAAAGGACAGGAAAAAUUCUUGCAAGAAUUCCAAAAGGCGGAUAUGUCGCCUUAUUUACUUAACCAAGUCGAAGAUUGUUUCUAUCUAAGCGAGAGUGCUGAAGUUGGUGAAUCAUCCUCAGAAUUGACCAGAACUCUACCGGAUACCUCUAUGGAUAGCAAUCCAAUAAAUGAAGACGUACUUGAACACUCUCCUUUAAACAAUGACCUAAGUCAAAUAGAAUCGAAUGAUACUGUAUCGAGCUCCACACAAAAUGAAAAUAUAUCUUACAAUGACUCUGAAUAUACUUAUAAUGGAGGUGACGAACUGUGCGGAGGUCUUGGAAUCAGUUUCGGUUCUCCUGACACAACCAUUCCAAAUACUGCUCAAAAAAUUUUUAAUUCGCUAGAUAAAAGAAAUUCUUUAGUGAAUCAAAAAUUCUGGCUCUUACUUGUGCCACAAGAGUUUAAUAUAGUGAUUUUUUAUUACUCAAAAAUUGUUACAGCUGCCGAACGUAAUGAAAUUAUAAAAUAUGUUCAAAAUUGCAUUGAAAAAGUUCUUAAACGAGUAAACCAAUUGGUUUUACUGAAUGAGCUCCAAGAAACACACCGUUGCAGCAAAUAUUUAGUGGCGCCACCUGAAAAAACAGCCGAAUCCAUAUCGUCAUCUUCAUCGGAAGAAAGUGAUACAGUUUCUGGUGCUCAAACAACGGGAAUGGAUGCUAGUGUUGGCUCGUUCGCAACUUUAAAUCAAUUUAAACCCGGACAAUUCGAAUGUCCUUUAGUGUUUAGACAAACUUUCUUACUUCAUCGUAGAUUACGACCUAAUCAUGCUCUCAAUAGUAUCACAUCAACAGUUCUCGAUCCAUUUGCUAUCACCAAUAGAAAGCAUAUGUUUGUAAUUCCAAAAGGAGAUUACAUAGUUUAUCUUAAAUUAUCAGAGAUAGGAGUGCCAACUGUCCAGGAAUUUGAGAACACGAUCGAGGAUUCAAACACCAGAUGUGGAUAUUCACCAUACAUUCACUCCUCAUUUAUUGGCGUUAAUAGUAAUUCACAAGAAAUUUAUUCAACCACUCCAAUUAUUGGUUCAGAUGACAAUAGAAGGUCUCCAUCGAAUAAAAGUGCUAGUCCUCGGACAUCUAAUACCGUUUCUCCUAGUUCAAGGAAAACGGGAACUGCACAAUCUCGCAUCUCUAGUGAAACACGUGAAUUGUUAAUGGAAGUUUACGGAGUAGAUUUGCCAGGACGUGAAAUUACGGAAGAAUUAGUGAAUUUAUUGGAUAAUAAAUUAACUAAUACUGUCACUCUCAAUGUAAUCUCCAGCUUUCUCGCAAGAACUCGUAAUGCAAAACCAACUUCUGCAGAUGUGGAUUUCAUUUUACCAGUUCUCAAGGCGCCCACGCUUAAAAGAAUGCUAAAAAUACCGGGUUCAGUUAAAAAUCUUUAUGCUCUCUUAUUUUUUUUCAAACAAAAUUUGUCGAGUUAUCUAACUGUCUUGAAUGGCCCUGAUGUGAUCAACACUUUACAUCGUCAUCACAUUGUAAAAUAUGGUAUGGAAAUUUUGAAAAAUUGGAACGUCGAAAGUGGAAGGAAAACUAUGUCAUCGGCAAUUGAUAUUUAUCUGGGUGAAUUUGCAUUUUAUUACAAUUGCGUUCAAGCAAGAGUUCAAUCUUUCGAAAUCGCAAUAGGCCAAGGAAUAUCCGGUAUUUGUUUGACUUUAAUGAACCAAAAUGGCAGACCUGUGUUCGAAAUCUCUCCAUCAGAUUCUAUUAUUGAUGAUGUUGAAAGUAGUAAAAAUGAUGGUAAUGCUGAAAUGAUUAAGAUCGUCAAAGCUUUAUUUGAUGAUCUAGAUCACAUACGUCUAGAUCCUUCAACAAGAAAUACCAGCUUUAAUGGUAGUAAUGAAAGCUCAUACAGUAUACUUGUUGAAAUGUGGUCACAAGGGAAUCUUAAUUCAGACACGUUAAUGGAUAAGAUCGAGCGGAGUUUUAAGCAAACUCUCUGCGACUAUUUCAUUGAGUUAUCUAUAAUAAAAGGUUUAUCGCAUGAUACAUCUCUAGAACAAAAAUCAUUAAAUUUGGAUUCAAAUCAAUCUGCAUCUACUAUUCAACAUAAUUCAACAACACAUCUUGAACUUCACAUCCAAAAAACUUUUAUUGAACCAUCUUUGAUGAUACUCAAACAAUCUGCAGAAAUAGAAAAUCCAGCAAUAAAAUCUUUGGAAAUGGCGGCAGAUAUGCCUUUCUGGAUUAUGGAUGAUUUUUUAAGGGAAAUUUAUGAAGUUUUAUCCGAAGUACAUAACAACUUUUUUCCUAUUAUUUUAAGGAGAACAACACCCUUACCAGAUUUAUGUGUAACCGACGUUCAGAAUCUCUAUGAAAUAUAUCACCCAUCAAAGACUUUCGAAAAAAGAGACAUUACUUCUGCCUCUUAUUCUAAUCAGUAUUUUUUGAUCAGUGGUAUUAAGGAACUUUGCAUGCGAUAUGGGUCUUCAAUUAAAUUAUCUGAAGAUCGUCGAGGUAGUUUAGGCAGUGAUUUCUCAAUUUCGCGUAGAAGUUCUAUUGAAGAUUUUUCACAAAUCACUGAUGCAAAUGAAAAGAUUGGAUCGAGUUAUCGAAAACAGAAAAGUUUUUCUGAAGAUUCCGUAAUGUUUUAUGCGAGUGGAACUCCUCCCAUGACAUCAUUUGAACAUAAUAAUGCACAGAUUUCGUCAGAUAUGGGUCGAUCUUGUUUUUUAAUUAUGUCAAUCGAUGGCUUCACUAUGUCCGUUUAUACUUAUAAUUUACAAAAACAUUAUAGUGAGCAAAUAUUCACUUCAUUGAAAAAUAUUUCAAAUUGGCACAAUGAUCGCAUGCAGCUAUUGAAUAAUAUACUUCAUCAAAAAAUGGGGUUGUUUUAUCAUAUUGAUAGUAUAUCAAAUAAUCAAAUUCCUCCAACUUAUACGCAAUUCCCGAGUACUCCACACACUCCUCGCAUAGCUCCUUCACCUAUGCCAGGCUCUUCUGCAUUAUUCAAUAAUACUCAGAAACCGCCGCAUGUUGAGAAUCUUUUGAAGAUUCAACAACAACAGCAACAUACUUUAUCAAUCUCGUCACCGAUGGCAACACAGACAUCACCUAGAUCAGGAAUAAUAGCUCAAAAUAUUGCAGAUUUAAGUUAUAUUAAUUCGCUAAUUCGCGAAAGAUUUCCACAACGGCCUGCUAAUGAUAGCCGAUCAUCGUCAUCUGAAGAAACAAAGAGAACAACAUCAAAUCAAAUAGAUAUCCGACACGAUUCAGCGUCAACAGCGGUUAAUAAUUCAGAAUUAGAAAAGAUAACAAAUAAUGUUCCUUCGAUAUCUAUAUUAGAAUUAAAUGAAGUACUUAAAGAUGCCUUUGUUGAAACGAGAGUCGAUAGUAUUGACGGUAAUGAGCGAGAUGCACUUUUACGUCAUGGGCCUCCAUUUAUGAAGACUUGCAUUCGUCAAGUUAAAGUUUCACAGGCGCAUGAAAAUGCAUUCAAAGUUUAUAAAAAAUGGGUAAAAAGAUAUCAAGAAGGGGAAGAUACCACCGAAAUUCAUACAAUCGCACGUUCCGAUUUAGCAAUUAUAUUUAGAACCUCACGUAUUUUACAUUUUUGCAGAACUCCUCUCCUUUUCGGAGGAACUCCUACUAAUCGUAUUCAAAUAGAAUCGAUUCUAUCGCAACAUAAACAACAAAGAUUAAAUAUUCUAAGUUGGUAUCAAACCAUGAUUGAAACUUUUCUAAAAAAGUAUGCUUCAUAUCUUGAAACCAUUGGCAUGCAAAUUGUAAUCUUUGGCAAAUCAGAUUCGAGUUUAGUUGAUGAUGGGAAUAAGGGAUUUCCAUCGUUUACGUCUAAAUUCUUAAUCUCUGAGAAUACUACAAUUGAUUGCCCAGCUAUUUUUCUAUUGAAGGCACUUCAGGGAGGUUCAAUUAUGUGUGAAGUUAGAAUACAAGGAGGAUUUGUAUGCGUGACACUUUAUACACUCAAUCGAGGAUAUGGACGCUCACGAGUUGCCGCGCCUGGAUUCGACAUUAUAGAAGGUGAUCGAAAUAGCUUGAAAAUAUUCACGGAGGAAUGUGGUCGAUUUAAGAAAUUAAUACAUGUCAAUUCCUUUGUUUAUGAUUUUCAUUUGAAUUAUAUAAAAUAUAUUCUGGAAAGCCAAAAAAAUGUUUCAGCGCCAUUCAGUAUCUUGGAAUUUAUCAAAGCAUUUAUUAAUGUAUACUCUCGACCUGCAAGUUAUGCAGAAAAUCGGAUUUAUUAUGAUACGUUUGAAAAAAUGUCUUCAUCAAAAGAACUUUUUUCAUAUAUUGCAAAAAAUCCACAGAGAUACGGAUUUUUUGGAAUCACUUUUGAAAAUGAGCCUAUAGCUUGCUAUAAAAAUGACUUCGACCAACAUCAAUUUCAUGAACAUAAGGAAGGACUUACACCUUUUGGAAAACAACAUAUAUUUAUCUUUACUCACGCGGAUCAACCUCCACAACCAGAAAAAUUAGUAUUGGAAUAUUUUAUUAUUGUAUUAAACCAAGACGAUAAUUCAUCAAAAGUUACUCCUACACAAGAUCCCUCUCAACGUAUCGAUCAUGAGGAAGAUCGAUUUAAUCACAUUAAAUACGCAAGAAAGAUUCUGGAUUCAAUUGUUACCAAGGCUAUUGAAUUCGAUAGGCGUGAUACGCUAUGGCGUCAGUUAUAUAAUAUAAAACCCGGAUCUAUGGCAGGACAAAUGAGCUGUGAAGAUUUUUUGGAACUUACACAACGAUGGCGAGCAAGAGAACUGAUUACAAUCAAUCCUGAUUUUAAGCAAAUUCUUGAACUUUCACUCGAUUGGUUUGACGUUCUUAAUUUUCUUAGUACUUAUUAUAGAAAUGAUGCUCGGGUACUGCACGAAAAUUCCCGUCGUCAUUUGCUUAUUUUCAAUCCACAUAACCACGAUCUUUUAAUUCAAUUUGUUUUCAAUGAAGAAAAUAGAGAGUUAAUUGUCAAUACAGUAUGUCUAGAGGCAAUACCCAAUUUUGAAGGAUUUGAACUUGAAUUCGCUGGAGAUAUUUCAAGGACCAUAUGUUAUAUGGUUUGGGAAAAGAUGGCUUCUCGUUAG